CAGCUGUUUGAGUACAUAAACUGAAGUAAACUGAAUGUCAUCAUAAACAAUCAUCAACUUGAAAGCUGACUUUAUUGUUAUGUUGAUAACAAUCAAUUAAUAAAAUUAGUUUAAAUUAUAUUUAUCAUGGAAGAUGACAAUGUGGUAAUGAUUGACGACGAAGAUGAUGUUUAUAAAGUUACUGCUGAUGAUGAAAUAGCAGCAAUUGAUUUUGAACUACAAAAAAUUGACGAGGAAAUUGAUAAGUUAAAAGAAAAAAGGCUUGUAUUAUCACAAAGAAAAGAAAAAAUAAAAGACAAUGAAUUACUUAAAAAAAGUUUAAAAACAGCAAAUAAAAAUUGGGAAAAAUCAACAUUUUCAUGGUCAAAAAAAUUGGAAAAUGGCCUUGCUGAUAUAUUUAAAAUUAAAAAAUUUCGUGAGCAUCAAUUAUCAGCAAUGAAUGCAGUAUUAUCUGGUGAAGAUACAAUACUGGUAAUGCCAACAGGAGGUGGUAAAUCAUUGUGUUAUCAAUUACCAGCAGUAAUAUCAAAAGGUGUAACAGUAGUAAUAUCACCAUUGAUUGCAUUGAUGGAAGAUCAACUGUAUGGAUUAAAAAAAAUUGGUGUAAAAUCAGGAAUGAUGAAUGCAAAAACAGACAAAGAUAUUACAAAAUCAAUGAUGGAUGCACUUGAGGGUAAAAAUCAUGAUAUUAAAUUGAUUUAUAUAACACCAGAAUAUAUGAAAAAAUCAAAACGUUUUAUGGCAAAAGUACAAAAAGCAUUUAAUUUAAAAUUAUUAACAAUGUUUGCAAUUGACGAGGUACAUUGUUGUAGUCAAUGGGGUCAUGAUUUUAGACCUGAUUAUCAAUUUUUAAGUUGUUUAAAAAGUAUGUUUCCUGGUGUUCCAAUACUUGGUUUAACAGCAACUGCACCAGCUAAAAUAAUAUCAGAUGUACAAAAAAUGUUAGACAUACAAGGUUGUCUUGUUUUACGUGCACCAUUUAAUCGUCCAAAUUUAUUUUAUGAAGUACGUAGAAAACCAGCAGAUAAAGAUGUGUGUCUUUCAAUGAUUCAAAAUCUUUUAAAAAGUAGAUUUGCUGAUAAAUCUGGAAUUAUUUAUACAACAACAAUUAAAGAAGCUGAACAAUUAACAUCUGAUUUACGUGAUAAAGGACUUAAAGUUGGUUGUUAUCAUGCUAUUCUUGAACCUGAAGUACGUUCAAAAAUAUAUUCAAGAUGGAUAACAGGUGAAUAUCAAGCAGUUGUUGCAACAAUUGCAUUUGGUUUAGGAAUUGAUAAAUCAGAUUGUCGUUUUAUAAUUCAUCAUUGUAUAUCAAAAUCAAUGGAAAAUUUUUAUCAAGAAAGUGGUAGAAGUGGUCGUGAUGGUAAAAAAGCAGUUUGUAUUGUAUUAUAUCGUCUUGCUGAUGUAUUUAGAUUAUCACCAAUGGUAAUUGGUGAUAAAGUUGGAUUACAAAAUUUAUAUAAAACACUUGAAUAUUGUUUAGAUCCACAAACAUGUAGAAGAAGUUUAAUUGCAAAUCAUUUUGAAGAAAAAUGGAAUAAAAAUGAUUGUGCAGAAAUGUGUGAUCAUUGUAGAUGUCCUAAAAAAAUUAAAGAAACAGAUAUUGGAAAUUAUUGUCGUCAAAUAUAUCAAAUAAUUGAUAAAGCAUUAAAAACAGAUACAAAUUUAACACUUAUUAAAUUAAUUGAUGCAUGGUUUUCAAAAGGAACAGCUUCACAUAGAGUUGCAGCUGUUCCUGUGCCAAAAUUUUCACGAGAAGCUGGUGAAAAUAUUGUUGGAUUUCUUCUUAUUAAUGGAUAUCUUAAAGAAGAUUUUGUAUUUAAUGCAUAUAGUAAUUUGACUUAUCUUAUAAAAGGACCUAAAGCUGGUCGUGCUAUGGAUAAAAGUCACAAAAUUAUGUUUGUUCAUGAUGAAGGCCUUGGCAUUUAAAUUAAUUUGUAUCAUAUUGUAAAUAUCAAGUAACACAUUAUGACUUUACAAGUUUCAUUGAAUAAUAUAAAGCUUUAUAUAAAAACCCAUUUUAAAUUUUUAAAUUCAGUACAAAAACAAAAUAAAAACUCUUCAAGUUAAAUAAUAUUUUAUGUUUCAAGCUGUUAUCUAUCGAUUAUUUAUGCCAACAAAUAUGUUGCCAUUUGAAGGACUUUUUCAUUAAAAAAAAUAACGUCAUAAUAAAUAUGAAAGA